AUGUCCGGUGUAUCAGAAAAGGCGGAGAUAUUAAUCGCUAAGAUGCGAGAACAACCUGCCUCGAAACAGUUUAGUCAGGCGGACUGCCAUGGGUUGGUAGAUGUAAAGAAGGAACUUGAGCUAAUGUCACUUUUACAGGAGCUUGUGCAGGCAAAAUAUCUCAAGCUUAUCCAAAAGGGCGAUGAGCUCUUGUUUCAAGCCGUCUCGGCUGAUGAUGCACGAAAAGUCGCUAAUAUGACUACAGACGAAGCGAUGAUAUAUGCCCAUAUCGAAGCACUGGGUCGUGAGGGAAUCUGGACAAAGACAUUAAAGUCCAAGACCAACUUGCACCAACAUAUAGUUGCCAAAUGCUUGAAAAAUUUAGAAAAUCAGCGAUAUAUCAAGUCCAUCAAAAGUGUGAAAUACCCGACGAGAAAGAUUUACAUGUUGUAUAAUCUCCAGCCAAGUCUUGAAGUUACAGGUGGUCCAUGGUUUACGGAUAGCGAACUAGACACCGAGUUUAUUGACACGGUGUCGCACAUCAUAUGGAGGUUUGUUGUGGCCAAGACAUUCCCCAAAGCAGAUAUGUAUGACACCAACCCUCUUCAAUGCAAUUAUACAUCAAGCUCCCCUGGUGCCAACAUGGAUCAAAUCAUGGAGUUUUUAAACACAUCAAAUGUGAGUCAAGUCGAGUUGGAGUUGAAUGACGUGCAGUCACUAUGCAAUUUGCUCGUGUAUGAUGACAAGAUUGAACAAAUCGGUAAUGACGAUAAAGGCGAAUUGUACAAAGCAACGAGACAAAGUCUUGUUGAGCAAGGGAUGAUGAAGAAUAUGAACGAACUAAAAGGUAUGAUUUCAGAAGAGGAAUGGGAGUUUUUGAAUAAAAAUAGGGGUUUCAACUUGUUUGAUUUCAGGAUAGCCGGUAGUGGCAGUGGUUCAGUUGAAGAUGAAGAAGCUGAUGAACAAGACUACGUCUACCUUGAUGCAUUUCUCAACGCAUAA